UCUUAUUUUGUUUAAACAAAUUUCAAUCCGCAGCUCGCCUCCACCCUUCGAUUUUUCCCUCCCUUCUUGGUGGUUUUCAGCACAAUCUUAUUUUGUUUAAACAAAUUUCAAUCCGCGCCUCCACCCCUCGAUUUUUCCCUCUCUUCCUUCAUCCCACUGUGGUCGCCGCCGUCGCCGCCGUCGCCGCAUCACGCUGAAACCACUGCCGCCGCCGCAUCGUUUCUGGAGGUCUCAGAGUCUCUGCAACGUUGCUCACCGUCCUCAGCCUCUUCUAACUUCUUUUCCUUCUUCCAAGAGUCUCACACUGAAGCCGCAAACAUGGAAAACUAGCAGUUCCUCAUCUAUCAUAUAUGCAUCUGCUGCAGUGGGAAGCCAUGAUUUUCAUAGCUUCCAUUUGUCCAUAGCCGUGAUCGAGAAGGAGAAAAUUUCUUAUGCAGUGGGAAAAUGGCAACCACAAAUGUGGUAUUGAAAUCUGCUAAGAUUCUCAGACUUCCUUGUCCGAGAGGCAGCAGUAGUAGAUCCAGAAGGUUUUGCUGUACAUUUCGGCAUCCAUUGAAUCAUUGGGGUUCUUCACAUAAGCAAUCCGAGGGUUCUUUCUUGUUUUACUCGCUCCGUUCCAGAUGCAGCAGCUCUAGUAGUGCGAAAGGGAGGGAGUUCUUGGUUUUGUCUGACGAAGAGCUGAUGAGACAGUGCGAAAUGGACACGUUUAAGGCGUCUGGUCCUGGAGGUCAGCACCGCAACAAGCGUGAGUCUGCCGUCCGUUUGAAGCACAUCCCCACUGGUAUCACUGCUCAGGCUGUGGAGGAUCGAUCGCAGCAUAAGAAUCGUGCGAGUGCCUUAGCACGCCUACGUGCUCUCUUGGCCGUAAAAGUCAGGAACCCUGUGGAUCUUGAUGAUUAUUCGCCGCCUCCAGAGCUUCUUCAGAUUCUCCCUCUUAAGUCAACUGUUAGGUCUCCGGAAUGUGGCCCUCAAAUUGGUCCUAACAAUUCUAAAUUUCUUCCGGGUAUGCAAGCUCUAUUGGAUCUAAUUUCCACGCUUGAUGGUUCUAUAUCGGAGACAGCUAAGCUUUUAGGGUUAACCACUGGUGGGCUAUCGAGGUUAAUAUUGUCCAAUGAUUCUCUUAGAAUGGCUGUAAAUGAUAUCCGAAUAUCCAAGGGUAUGAAGCCACUAAAGUAGAAAACGAGAAGCUCAAUAGAUGCUAUUCUACCUAUAGUUAGUCUUGAGCGGUAAAAGUAGAUACUUUCAAGACGUAGCUGAUGUGAUGUAAUUAAUGCAUCAAUGUAACCAAUUGGAGCAUAGUUCAAUUGACCAUGUUACCAAGUUCAAUUGACCAUGUUACCAAUAACCUUAUCGAAUGUCGAAAGUUUGAAUCUUUGCCCCCAACUUUUUGUUGUACUAAUUAAACAAUUCAAUCACGAAUGACUAGUUGGAACAUUUUGUAA